AGUCUUUGUUUAUUCAACUAGAUAUGAUGGUUUCUCUCAACUUCCCACCCAACAUAAAAUAAAACAAAAUAAAAUCUUAUAGAAGUGAAAAUAUCUUAUAACACAAAUCUUUAAUCUUUUCCUCAGAACACCUGCAUGUGUUGGGUUCAAGGAAAAUAUUUGGAAUGUCUCACAAACACUAUACUUAGGUUCUUGACACACACCAAACAACAGCAAAAAGAAGGGGGGGAAAGCAAAGUCCUGUUUGUAGUGUGCACACAAGUCCUGCAUCUAUAUAUAUACACAGGUAAGAUUGGCAUCUGCAACAAGCCAAGACCAGUUGGGUUACCAAUCAUGAAGCUAUCAACAAGUCCCAGAAAACCUCCAAUAUUUGAUGCGGUUUCAGUACUUCUGGUUGUUUUCCUAUUGAAUUGGAGCAAUGUUGAUGCCCGAAAAGUUCGUGUUUUGGACUACUUUGAGUACUCUGCUAUGAGCUGCAGAGCUCACAGCGCAAGCGUAACAGAUUUUGGAGGAGUUGGUGAUGGAAGCACCUUGAAUACAGAGGCAUUCAAGGCAGCAAUAGCUCAUCUGAGCCAGUUUGAAUCGGAUGGUGGAUCGCAACUCUUUGUACCUCCUGGAAGAUGGUUGACUGGCAGCUUCAAUCUUACCAGCCAUUUCACACUAUAUCUCCACCGGGAUGCUGUUCUUCUUGCUUCUCAGGAUGUGAAUGAAUGGCCUGUAAUUGAUCCCCUGCCCUCCUAUGGCCGGGGAAGGGAUUCACCCGGUGGAAGGUACAUCAGUCUCAUCUUCGGAACCAACCUCACCGAUGUUGUCAUAACAGGCGAUAAUGGAACCAUCGACGGUCAAGGUGCUCUCUGGUGGGAUAAAUUUCACAAUGGAGAGUUGCAAUUCACCCGGCCUUACCUUAUCGAGCUCAUGUACUCGGAUAGCAUCCAAAUUUCCAACAUUACAUUGGUUAAUUCUCCAUCAUGGAAUGUUCAUCCUGUUUAUAGCAGCAAUAUUAUAGUUCAAGGCAUUACAAUUCUUGCACCAGUCAGAUCUCCAAACACUGACGGGAUCAAUCCAGACUCUUGCACAAAUACCCGAAUUGAGGACUGUUACAUUGUCUCCGGAGAUGAUUGUGUAGCAGUUAAGAGUGGUUGGGACGAGUAUGGAAUUGCUUUUGGGAUGCCAACAAAACAGCUCAUGAUCAGACGGCUCACUUGCAUUUCUCCAACUAGUGCAGUUAUUGCAUUGGGCAGCGAAAUGUCAGGUGGGAUCGAGGAUGUUAGGGCCGAAGACAUUGUGGCCAUCAAUUCAGAAUCAGGGGUUCGGAUCAAAACUGCAGUCGGGAGAGGCGGGUAUGUAAAGGACAUAUACGUGCAAGGGAUGACGCUGACAACCAUGAAAUGGGUAUUCUGGAUGACCGGAAAUUAUGGCUCCCACGCUGACAAUGGAUAUGAUCCCAAUGCACUUCCUGUCAUCCAAAAUAUCAAUUACCGCGACGUCAUUGCCGAGAAUGUGACAAUGGCGGCUAGGUUGGAGGGAAUAUCCGGCGAUCCAUUCACCGGAAUCUGCAUAUCAAAUGUGACCAUUGCACUAGCUAAGGACUCAAAGAAACUUCAAUGGAAUUGCACCGACGUUGCUGGGGUUUCAAGCAAUGUGAUUCCUCCACCAUGUGAUCUCUUGCCAGACCAAGGCACCGAGAAGACAGCACAGUGUAACUUUCCAAUAGACAACCUAUCGAUUGACAGUGUUGAAGUUCAGAUGUGUUCAUACAGAGGAAACUAUUUGUGAGCCACAGUUGUGUCCUGUUUGCUUCAUAGCAAUAAUAUCAUUAAUAGAUUUUUCAGUAA